UUUUAUUUUAUUCUUUCCAUUGUAAAUUAAUUAAUUCCUAACUUAAUAUAAAGGAAUUAAUUAAUCAAACUUAGAUUAGGAAAGGAAGUAUAGUUUCGGACAACUAGGUUUCUUUAUGUGUGUGGCCGAUUUUUCCUUUGUUUUUAGGGUUUUAUUUCGUGGCUUUGUAGCCUAUUUAAAGGCUUAUUUUUCAAUAAUAAUACAACUUUGAUUUGAUUGAGAAAAUACUUGUGAGAUUAAUUAUCUCUUUGUUCUUUGAGAACACCUAAAACACCAUUAGAGAAUUGGUUGUUUUAGCUUGACUUAUCAAUAGGUUUUCUGAUACGAACCUAGGACGACCUGCUCCUAAACCCGUAUUAUAUUAGCCCGGAUCUCAAUUAAGUUCAAGUUCUAAUGGAAUGGACCUCAACCCCUAACCAACCUGUGGUUAGAAACCUUGGUAUAAUGUAGACGCCACAAUAGGGGAUGGAAAACCUAUUGAUAAGUCAAGCUAAAACAACCAAUUCUCUAAUGGUGUUUUAGGUGUUCUCAAAGAACAAAGAGAUAAUUAAUCUCACAAGUAUUUUCUUUAUCAAAUCAAAGUUGUAUUCAUAUUGAAAAAUAAGCCUUUAAAUAGGCUAAGAUUACAAAGAAAAAAACCCUAAAAGAUUAAUUCAAAACCGGACUCCUAUAGGAAUUAGGAAACUUGACCGAAUUCUAAUAUGUCCUAAACUAAGUUUCCUAAACUAAAUUUGAUUAAUUAAUUCCUUUAUUUUGAAUUAGGAAUUAAUUAAUUUACAAUGGAAAUAAUAAAAUAAAAAUCUUCCUAAAGUUAUUUAUCCAGAAAAUAAAUAAAUAAAAACCUAAAAGUAAUGGUAGUUUCCUAAAAACCGGGCGCGUCCGGCGGCCGGCGACCAUGAAAUUUUGGGGUUUGGCCGGAAAUGGGGAGAGGCUUCCGUCUGGCCAGUGCGUGUAACGAGAAUCGACCAAAAAAUUUGUCGGAAUCCGGCUGCCGGUCGUCUCUCUCCCUCUCUCUCUCUCUCUCCUCUCUCUCUUUCUCUCUCCUCCCCGAGAUUUUUGCCAAAUAAAAGCCACAGUGGUGACACUGUUCAUCCAUGUGGACCAAUCAGGUGACGACACGUGGCAUUUCACUGUUCAUCGAUUCAAAAAUAUUAAAAUAUUACGGUAUCCAGCAAACUUCACGCGUCCAUAACUUUUUAACCGUACGUCCAAAUUAGGCGUGCCGCUAGUCUGUGAACUCGUAUCGACGAGCACUUUACAACCAUACUAAAGUCAAAGCAAAAUUCUACAACCAUAAAAAGUCAACUCCGGCACCCUUGGACAAUUUGGACCUCAACUUGUUUUGCUCAUAACCUUCAAGCCGUAGCUCCGUUUUCAACGUGCUACUAGUCUACAAACUCGUGCCAAUGUGUACUUCGUAACGGUACCUCCGUCAACUUAGAAUUCCAAUCGGGUCAAAAAGUCAACUUUUGACCCCUUUGGUCAACGGUCAAAGUCAACAGUCAACCUCGGUCAACGUGCAAAAAUUUCGACAUGGUUCGGGACGGGGUGUUACACCAAUGGUGGACCAAUGAGCAAAACACCCGAAGGAGAGUUGGUGAUGACUUGAUUACUACAUGGCGACAGAUGAAAGGAGCCAUGCGGAAGCGAUUCGUACCAUCACACUAUCAUAGGUUGCUGCAUCAAAGACUUCGAUCUUUAUCUCAAGGACAUGGAUCUGUGGAGGAUUAUUACAAGGAGAUGGAGAUGCUUAUGAUGAGACUGAACUUGAAUGAAGAUAGGGAAGCAACCAUGGCAAGGUUUCUUGGUGGUUUGAAUCGUGAAAUAGCCAAUCAACUAGAAUUGCAACAAUAUGUGGAAUUGGAGGAGAUGUUGCAUGUGACUAUUAAAUUAGAGCAUCAAUUCAAGAGGAGGGGUGUAAGAUCAUGGUUUGGAGGUGUUUCCAACAGUGGAAGGUCCUAUUUAAGUGGUUGGAGGAACAAUCCCAUCUAUGAAAGCAAGCCAAAGCCGAAAGUCAAAGAAGAAAGUUCAAACUGGCCAAGGGAGGAGACUAGAAUCAAAUCUGUCCAAGCACCAAAGAAUGAGGGCAAUGACGAGCUAGAAUCGGAAAGUGAAGAAAGUGAGGAUGAAGCCAAGCAAGAGGAGGAGGACUUGGAGGAUGAACCCGAAACCUUGCAAGCAUCCAAUGCUGAAUUAAACUUGCUUUCUAGGAGAGUACUUGCUGCAUACAAAGAUGAGGAUGAAAUUCAAAGAGAGAACAUCUUCCACACCCGAUGUGAAAUUUAAGGUAAGAUUUGCAGUAUGAUUAUUGAUAGUGGAAGUUGUACAAAUGUAAUUAGUAACAUUGUAGUUGAUAAAUUAGGCUUAAUAACUAUUAAACAUCCAGAACCUUAUAGAUUACAAUGGCUUAAUGAUAGUGGUGAAAUAAAAGUGAAUAAACAAGCCAAAGUAAAAUUUAACAUAGGUAGAUAUGAGGAUGUAGUUUUAUGUGAUAUUGUACCCAUGAUUGCUGGACAUUUACUAUUAGGUAGACCAUGGCAAUUUGAUAAAGAUGCUACUCAUUUUGGUCGAGAAAAUAGUGUUGUUUUCAGGUUUAAAGGGAAGAAGGUCAAGCUGGAACCAUUAUCUCCUAAAGAGGUUUACAAAGACCAAUUACAAAUGCAACAAAGGAGAGAAGCCAAAAAGCUCAAGGAAAAAGCAAGUAUGGCACCAACGGCUUUACCAUCCUUUUAAGAAGGUAAGAAUGAGGUUGCUGAUCAAGGUAAGGUUUCUAAGACUCAUAUUGAGUGGAAAGAUCAAGGAAAAAUCAAAAGAGAGGGGAAAGAGAGUGGCAAACUCGAGAGCUUGGAGAAGGAAGGGAAAUCCGAAGGUUUGCGCCAAUCCAAGGGGGAAAAAGAAAAAGAAAGAAAAGAAAGGUCAGGUAGCAACUUUUAUUUGAGUUUAGGGGAUAUUAAUAAGGUUAUUGAGUGUAAGAAACCUUUGCUGGUAUAAUUUAUAAAGAAAAUUAUUUUAAUGAUCAAACUAACUUUGAAGAACUUGAAUUGCCAAGUUCAAUGAUUUCUCUUUUGAAGGAAUUUGGAGAUGUCUUCCCAAAUGAAAUUCCAAUUGGACUACCAUCCAAUCAAGAGGGAAAAGGUAAGCUUGCUGUCCAAGGUAAGUCUUCUAAUACUCAGGUUGUGUGGAAAAUUUUUAUUAAAACCAAGAGUGAGAAAUUUGGUGCAAAAGCCGAGAGUGAGGAAGGUGAGAUGGCCGUGAGUGGGAAAGGAAAAGGAAGACAAGAAUGGAAAAAUAUAAAUUUUUAUCUUAGCUUUGGUGAUGUUAAUAAAGUAAUUAUGAAUAAGAAAUCAUUGCUGACCAUGAAUUUUAAAGAUACUUAUUUAAAGAUGUCUUUAUUGCAUAGAACUUUAUCUGCAUUGUUGACAGCUUUACUUAGUGGCAAUUUGAAAAUUUGGGAAAUAUUGUUUGCUAACUUUAAAAAGUGUAAUUUUUACCAUAAUGAGCAUGUAUUUCUAGAUUUUGUUGUAAUAGUGUUUGACCCAGGAAAAUUGGUUUGGUUGCACUUACAAAAGGAAAGGUUUCCUAAACAAAGAAAGUCAAAACUCAUGCCGCCUAUGGAUGGACUUUUUCAAGUUUUGGAGCUGAUAAAUGACAAUGCCUACAAACUUGAUCUACCGGGUGAGUAUAAUGUUAGUGCUACCUUAAAUGUAGCUGAUUUGUCUCCUUUUUCUGCAGGUGAUGACUUCAAUUUGAGAACAAAUCCUUUUCAAGAGGAGGGGAAUGAUGCGAAUCCGCCCGAACCCAUACAACCGACAACCCACUGGGGUGCCGAUCCGUUGCGCAUGAAGGUGGGACUGAUCACUAGAGCCCUAGCCAAGAAGUUCAAGGACAAUCUUGCUAUCUUUAUACAAGGAAUAAGUCAUAUUCAAGAGGGGUUGGCCAUAUCUAAAGAACCAAGGCCUGUUUUACUCAUACAAGCAUUAGAAGCCAAAACGGGCCCAGGUGACAGUUUUGGUACAUUUUGGAGUCCGAGAAGCAUGAAAUGGUUCCAAUGAUUUAUGGGUUCAAUACAUAUGCCUAAGAGGUCAUGGAAUCAAGUUAAAGCAGCCUCAAAUGCAAUCAAAAAGGGCUUGUACGGACAGCAUCAACAAUUUGGCCAAAUUUGCUGUAUUGCUUGCUGGCUUUACUGUAUUUUACUGUAUUAGCCUUUUCUUAUUUUUCCAAGCAUGGAAAACGUGUGGGACUUCAUAUUCAGUUUAUUUGGCAUCCUAAAAAGCAUCUAGAAGCUGAUUUGAAGCUUAAAGAGGUCAAAGAUUGAUCAAAGUCAACUUGAUCAAAAGGCUAGCAUUUUUAGUUUCCUACUUUGUUUUUACUUUUUGUUUUAGGGAACUACCAUUACUUUUUGGCUUUUAUUUAUUUAUUUUCUGGACAAAUAACUUUAGGAAGGUUUUUAUUUUAUUCUUUCCAUUGUAAAUUAAUUAAUUCAUAAUUUAAUAUAAAGGAAUUAAUUAAUCAAACUUAGAUUAGGAAAGGAAGUAUAGUUUCGGCCAACUAGGUUUCUUUAUGUGUGUGGCCGAUUUUUCCUUUGUUUUUAGGAUUUUAUUUCGUGGCUUUGUAGCCUAUUUAAAGGCUUAUUUUUCAAUAAUAAUACAACUUUGAUUUGAU